AUGGCAAAAUUGACAAUGCCAACUAGGAAGCGACCAACUACUCCACUGGCCAAACCUCAGGCAAAAAAGCUGCGAAGAUUCCAAAACGAUAAGUGUCGCUCUCAAGAUAUAUGGAAGGAGCUUGAUAGAGUAAGAACGUUCAAUGAUAAUGCAGAUGCGGUGCUGAAAAACAGCUGUUUGUUCGUUCCCGUGCUGACGAAGAGUGCAAUAUCACAGUAUGCGAAUUGCCUUCGUUCUUUGCAUGAAUACAUCGACUCCAAGAAGUUGCAACUGCAUAAGAUAAAGAGUGAUUAUGGAUUCAUAGCUUUGAAACAAUUCAGCUUGCUGGAUUGUUGUCUAGUGCUUGCAGCUCUACUGGCUUUGAAGAAUAAGAGGUGGAUUGCAGCUAACUCAAGCGAUUACUUCAACAUACCGAGCAAUGCGUCUCUAUCCGGUACCUUUUAUCUUCCGGUUGGCUCAAUCGGACCAGAUGAAAUCAAGACUCAUUACCCAGUGAGUAUCGGUAUGUCAAGAUAUCGCGCUGUAAUGGACUUCAAGGAGUUUUACGUUGACGCACCCAGUGGCAUUAACCUCGCUCCAUUUAUGGAAAGCAUAUCCUUACUGCUUUCUCAAAUGAAGUUCAAUAACCCAACAAGCGUGGAUAGGUUAUUCCUCCAGCGAUUUAAGGCUGUUCACGAAAAUUUAGCUUUAGGCCUACACAACUCGUCUCUUCCCCAGAGUUUGCUUGUCGACAUGGCCAUAGUGGCUAAAGAAAACACUCCCCUUUUAAAGACAUCGAUAGACAAACUUGAGUCAUACGCUCAGGAUCUGAUUCUUUACAAUAAUCAGACGGCUCCCUCUGACGACUCGUCUUCAAGAGAAGGAAGCUACCAGGCCGUUGAGGAAGCUGCUGAAGCCGCAAAAAGAGUGCCGAGUAGGCAGCAGACAACGCCGUCUGAUCGAGCCUCCAUGCCGACCGAACGGCCAAGUGGUCAACAAGCAUCCGCCAAUUUCGGUGCCAGGUUUUCGCCCAAUAGCAGCUUUAUGACUCAGCAGCAAAUCAAAGAGCACUGCAUCGCAACCGUAGAAGCAUCCAGGGACAUUAUGAAGACCAAAUCACCGUAUCAGAUAUUCAGGUUAUAUGUUAAGUGCCCUCGCCAGCACUACGUUGACGUCAUCUAUCAAAACCUGAACGAUCUACGAUCACAGACAAAUUGCAAUAUAGUCGUCCUGAAUCUCAAUAAUUUACACGAGUCCGACUCAUGGUUUGACUCUUUGGACGUAAGUCCCUACACGAAGUCUGUUCAGCGACCGCAUCCAAGCACUGUGCGAGUCGUAAGUGUCGGUGGUAUUGGCGAGCAUAUCACCAAAGCACUAGAUUUAAUUCACAAGGUGUUAAGCUCAUGA